AUGCUAGUGAUCAAAUCGUCUUGGCGGCUGGAGGAAAUUCUUGUCGAGCUGGAUGCGGGCGCUUCAUCAGAGCCGGCUACCAUCCCCCCAGCAGGCUCCCAAGAAGACGAAGAAGUCGAAGAGCGGCAGCACCAAAGUCAAACCAUCCUGAAGGUGUCAUUUCGAGACGAUGAUGUGCUAGAUUCGGACCAGCUGGAACAGUUGCUAGGUCAUCUUCCUGGACUGCGAAAGCUGAAAGUAUGCGCCGAGACUCUGACCGGAGACCCCCAAGUGAUUGCGACCAAACUCUGUGAGCUGGAGCACCUCAGCAGCAUCGAUUGGGAGGUUUGGACCUAUCCAGACAUUACACCCGACAUUUUGCAUUCCUUUUGGGCCAAAGUGGCGCAGUCGAGAAUCACAUCGCUCUCGACCCUGCCUGGUGUGAACGCGGCUGUGUCGGGAAUCUGCCUCUCGUCCGAUACCACUCGCCUUCGUGACUUGACGUUUCAUUGUGCUUUCCCCAAUAUUCAGGCUCCCGAUUUCGUGGAUGCCAUUGAAGUGGCCAAAAGCUUGCCACAGUUGUCCUCGUUAAGUUUUGUGGGUUGCUACAGUUUGACGGACGACUCCGAUGUCAUUUGCGCACUGGGAGACCUGAUCAAAUCCGAACAAUCACUGUACAGUCUCACCGCAAACAUUCAUCCCGGUGCGAGCAUAGCGCCAAUCCUCCAAGGUCUAGAGCACAACAGCAACACAACAUUAGAGCAUCUGACACUGACCGACCACGCGCAUAUUGUCUCCGAGAAGGCCGACCAACAAGACGAGGAGCAAGAGGGUUCAAUCCGGCCCCAGGCGGUGGUCACCGAAGGUGCACUUGAAGAAAUCGACGGUUGCGCCAGCAGAGUAGACACCAGCGAGGGAGAACUGUCCAGUCUCAUUGACUUGCUCGAAACCAACAACAUGAAAUUGCAGAGGAUCCAAGCGAAAUCGUUGCAAUGGAGGGCGGAACACUAUGACAGACGACAGGAACUUUGCAAACGUCUCGAGUUCUGGUGCAUGCUGAAUCAACUUGAAACGCCAAAGGGCGCAUCCACGCGCAAGACCAUGGCGAGUGGCGAUGCCACUAUCUUUGACUUGAUUGACGCUCUGACAUCCAGAAGGCAAACCUCCAACACGUUCUACCACAAGAAAAGCACAGCCGUGCCGAUUGCGUACUACUUUCUACGCAUGGAUCCAGCCAUCUGGCUGUCUCCUGGCCCCAGCCCUGGCAUAAUCCAUUGGUCUAGAAACCACGGGCUAAACUCUAGCUAG